AUGAUUACGAUUGCAUCGGUUGAAGAUUUUCAUGCUGCCGUGGCCGCGACGAAAGAGAAGCCGCUUGUGGUUUUUUUCUCCGCUUCGUGGUGUGGUGGCUGCAAAAUGGUGGCGCCAAAAGUAGCGACGCUAGCUGAGGAACUGACAGCAAGUGCGACGUUUGGUAAAGUGAGUGCGGACGAACUCAAUGCGCUUUGUGAUGAUGUGGAAGUGGACAGUUUCCCACACUUUCGCGUGUAUAAGGAAAGCAAGAUCUUGGGUGACUAUACGGGCUCGAAAUUUGACAAGGUGGACGCGUUUAUCCGUGGAGUAAUAGCGCCUGACACAUUGCAGAAGGUUGAGGAGACGCCAGAAUGUAAUGAUACGACAAAGGAAGCUACGACAGCGAAGGAGCAUGUGGUUGCUGAGACUGACAACGGACCGAAGAAACGCGAGCGCGAGAUGAUGGAGUCGAAUGACGCACACGCUGCAAAGAAGACCAAAAUGGAUGGAGAGGCUGCUGGAGAAGCUGAAAAAGCAGAGGAGAAUGCUGAGGAAACGGAGCAUAUUACUGAGGUAGCUGAUAAGACGGAAGAAGGAGAGAAGGUGGCUAUUGAAGCGCCUGAAACGACGAAUACGUCACCUGACGAAGUUGAAACGACGCCAGUGAGCUCAGAGACAAUGGAGAAGAAACCCGACGAAUCGGUAUUUGUCGACAAGAUUAACUCAAAUGACGCUGCGUCUACUUCAUUGGAAGUUGCUACAUCGUAA